AUGGUCGACAUGGGGGGCCUAGACAACCUGAUCGCCAACACGGCCUACCUGCAGGCCCGGAAGACCUCGGAGGGAGACUGCAAGGAGCUGCAGCGGCGGCGCCGGAGCCUGAUGCUGCCCGGGCCGCAGUGCUGCGCCGAGAUCCGCCAGGCGCUGCCCCAGGACUUCGACAGCCUGUGCGAGCAGCAGCCCAUCGGCCGCCGCCUCUUCCGGGACUUUCUAGCCACGGUGCCCCCGUACCAAGAGGCCGGGGCCUUCCUGGAAGAGGCGCAGAGCUGGGAGCUGGCUGAGGAGGGCCCCGACAAGAACAGCAUGCUGCAGGGGCUGGUGGCCACCUGUGCGGCGGCCCCAGCCCCAGGGCACCCGCACCCCUUCCUCAGCCCAGCUCUGGUCACCAAGUGCGAAGCAGCCACCACCAAUGAAGAGCGAGUGGGCCUAGUGGCGCUGGCCAAGGCCGAGGCCAUGGCCUUCUUGCAGGACCAGCCCUUCCGGGAUUUCCUGGCCAGCCCCUUCUAUGACAAGUUUCUGCAGUGGAAAGUCUUUGAGAUGCAACCCGUAUCAGACAACUACUUCACUGAGUUCCGGGUGCUGGGGAAAGGUGGCUUUGGGGAGGUAUGUGCUGUUCAGGUGAGAAACACCGGUAAGAUGUAUGCCUGUAAGAAACUGGACAAGAAGCGGCUGAAGAAGAAAAAUGGCGAGAAAAUGGCUCUCUCGGAAAAGGAAAUCUUGGAGAGGAUCAGCAGCCCUUUCAUCGUCUCUCUGGCCUAUGCCUUCGAGAGCAAGUCCCAUCUCUGCCUGGUCAUGAGCCUGAUGAAUGGGGGCGACCUCAAGUUCCACAUCUACAGCAUGGGCACGCGGGGGUUGGCCAUGAGCAGAGUGGUCUUCUACUCGGCCCAGAUCACCUGUGGCGUGCUGCACCUCCACUCCCUCGGCAUCGUCUAUCGGGACAUGAAGCCUGAGAACGUGCUUCUGGACGACCUCGGCAACUGCAGGCUGUCUGACCUGGGGCUGGCCGUGCAGAUCCAGGAUGACAAGCCCAUCACCCAGAGGGCUGGAACCAAUGGCUAUAUGGCUCCUGAAAUCCUGAUGGAAAAAGUAAGCUAUUCCUAUCCUGUGGACUGGUUUGCAAUGGGAUGCAGUAUUUAUGAAAUGGUUGCUGGACGAACACCGUUCAAAGAUUACAAGGAAAAAGUCAGUAAAGAGGAUUUAAAGCAAAGAACCCUGAAAGAGGAGGUCGCAUUCCAACAUGAUAACUUCACAGAGGAAGCAAAAGAUAUCUGCCGACUCUUCUUGGCUAAGAAACCAGAGCAACGCUUAGGAAGCAGAGAAAAGUCCGAUGAUCCUAGGAAACACCCUUUCUUCAAAACCAUCAACUUUCCUCGCCUGGAAGCCGGCCUAGUUGAACCCCCAUUUGUGCCAGACCCUUCAGUGGUUUAUGCCAAAGACAUCGAUGAAAUUGAUGAUUUCUCUGAGGUUCGGGGGGUCGAAUUUGAUGACAAAGAUAAGACAUUCUUCCAAAGAUUUGCAACAGGUGCUGUCCCCAUAGCAUGGCAGGAGGAGAUUAUAGAAACGGGACUGUUUGAAGAAUUGAACGACCCCAACAGGCCCGCAUGUUGUCAGGAGGGCAAUUCAUCCAAGUCUGGUGUGUGUUUGUUAUUAUAA